AUGUGCGCGCUGGAGAGACAGAAACAUUGUGCAAACUGUUUAGUAAACAAUCGACCCGUUUUGGGUGUGCUGUUGCUGGAGAAUGCCGACAAGUCGGGACAAUUUAUUGGAGCGUCCUAUGUGAAGUUUCUUGAGUCAGCUGGUGCCCGAGUGGUACCCAUAUUUCUGAAGCAGAAGCAAUCGUACUACCAAGAGAUGGUCUCCUCGCUGAAUGGCAUUCUCAUGCCCGGCGGCAGCAACAGCGUCACUCACUCUGACUUUGCCCAGGCUGCCGACUACCUGAUUGAGGCAGCUGUACAAGCAAACACCAAUGGCACCCACUUUCCACUCUGGGGCACCUGUUUGAGCUUUCAGAAGCUAAUCAGCCACUUUACCGGCAACAACGUCGCCUGGAUGAGUUUCUGUGAUAUUGAAAAUGUUGCUCUCAAUUUGGAUAUUGACUCCAAACAGUUGAGCCAAUACAAACUUUUUAGCUGGGCAGCUGAAAGUGGGAGGAUCGUGGAAAUACUAAACAGAAGUCCCGUUACUGCUAACUACCACAAAUGGUGCCUCAACGUGACCGAGUUUGAGAAUAACAAAAACAUUUCCGAUAACUUUCGAAAACUCAUCAUUGGCCUGUGCGCCUACGCUGCCUAUGCGCAGGAUCUCGAUGAAGCCGCCUCCGAGAUGGAUCUCGACAUGGCUGCCUCAGGUGGAGCCGGUGCUGCUGCUGGUGCCGCUGGAGCGGCCGGAGCCAAGUUUGCCAAGGGCGGUGCUGCAGGUGCCGCUGCCAAGGGAGGCGCCUUUGGCGCUG